AUGGCUCCAGCCGAACUUUUGGAAGUCCAAAUACCUACGGACGUGAUACACGUUAUACUCUCAUUCCUCCAGGAAGACCACAAAUCGCUAUACUCUUCCUCACUCGUCUCGAAGGAAGUGAAUGAAUGUGCAGUCCCAUUACUUUAUCGUUCUGUAUCGAUGAAUAGUCAAGCCCAUAUCCAAUCUGUGACCGCAAUGCUGAAUAAUGGCACAACCUACAACCAACUUGCCCUGUCGCAUGUCAAAGAACUCAUGAUUUCUUGCGAAGGAACUCCUACGGAAAUGCUUCCUAAGUGUAUUAAUCUCAGCUCUCUACAUUGGCACGAGUCAUUGAGAUCCCAUGUGAAUCUACUGCCUAUUGCCCUCACUACAUUCACAGCAAUGAGGUUAAAGUGGGAUGACAAGGCUUGGAAGGCUCUAGUCCAACAGUGCCCAAAUAUCACGUCCCUAAAUAUUGAACUGAAUAGGGAUGUCAAGGCCAUUCAAUACGCAUUGGAACAUCUGCAGUUGAAGGAAUUCAAACUGGAGACUUCAGCCGAGAUAUCCUUCCCAAUCUUCAACAUGGCAAGAAGCAAUUCGACGCUGGUCAAGCUCUCAAUGUCGGGCAUGAUAUUGCCAACGUCGACAUUGAAAGAUUCUAGUAUGGAUAUAUUCCCCAAUCUUGAGUCUGUAUCUUUCUCCAGUGUAGAGUUUGGGGCUGAUGUAUUCAUGAGACUGCUAGGAAGUACUUCUCGCAGACUUCGAAAAGUGUAUAUUGAAGAUGUGGAAGGAAUGUCUCCGGCCGAUCUAAGCCGUAUAGUCCAACAAUCCUCCCGCUUCAUCGAGCUACUGGAUGUCUUCCCAUCCAAUAAGACCAUUAUAGAGGCUCGACUAUUCGAACUGGAGUUACCCAAACUAUCGUCGUUAAGGUGUAGAACCAUAGAUGCGGCUCGUGGUGGAUUCUUUAGGUUUAUGACAGAGAGAGGACACCAAUUGAAAUCGCUUGUCCUGUUUGGACCAAGAAGCCCUUCGACUCCUACUCCUGAAUGUUUGAAAAUAGUAAAUACCAUCGCGUCAACAUGCAUAAAUCUGAGAACACUGCUACUCUACAAUGUCCGUAUAAGACUGUCCACAGUAAAGGAACUGCUAGUCUCGGCAACGGAUCUUCGAUAUCUCUUUUCCAAGCUGGAACAAGAUGAACCGGACGUGUCUCUCGCAAGCAUAGUCAUUACACAGCAGGAACAGUUUCCCAAGUCACUCUCAGUUAUAGCGAUACAACCAUAUAAUCAAACACCAAUGCAAAGAUACAGUCCAUUACCACCACAACAUAGUAGGCCAGAAUCCCCUUCCGUUUCGGCUCCGCCGGGGAGCAAUCAGCCCGGCAUUCGACAUUCGCCUGCCCCCAAUGAGUCAAUGGAACAGCCAGUUCAACUUACCUAUAAUGGAUAUGUAGGAACUACUGCUGAGGCUCUGAUCAUUAUUGAAGCCUGUAGGCUAGGACGUCUUCCAAUAGUAGCUCGACGCUUGACGGAUGGGGAGAGACUAAACUUGAUAAAGUCUGGCGCUGUCUUUGUAUUCAACGGCACGGCCUCUGGGAUAAAACGAUGGACCGAUUCUCUACAGUGGACUCCGUCACGUGUCUCUGGUGCCUUCCUGGUGUAUAGUGAAUCGAAGAGCCGCCAUGGAAUAAAAUCUCGCCUGGCUGCAGAUGUCAAGGAUGAUGGGUUGAUCAAGAAAACCAUUGCUAUCACGACUGAAGACAACGUAAAAUACCAUCUGGUUGCAUAUCACGCUGAAGCAGACAAACAAACACUCAGGGUGCCUAGUGACGACCCGCUGCUUCGAGAUAUCCCAGUCCCGGCACAAACAUCCAGAAUAAGAGAGCGAGAAGGAGGCCCUAGUCAAUCACACUCUCAGUCUGGAUCUCCGAUUGAACACGACCGUCAUGCUUUUAGUGCAAGCGAGCCAGUGACACCAGAGUAUCAAACGACAGCCGAAGCUAGUCUCUACAGUGGCGACAAUAACAGACUACACCAAUAUAAUGCUACGAAUUGGCAGUCCAUAACAUAUGAUCCCUUAACGCCACCAACCACGGCUCCUCCAGUAGAAAGGAGUCCACAUAGAGACCUCCUCUAUCCAAUACAACUGCCAGCUCAGACACCACGGCUCCGAUAUCAUCCAUACUCGCCAACGCAAGUAGGAGCAAUCAUGAAUCCAUCAGUGUCACUUCCACCAAAUCGCGGCCUCACCAACAAUGCAGGCCCCGAUGUGGAUCAGCAACAGCAAAGGCGUCUAUUCUUUGACGAUUGGAUUAGGAAUCGUACUCUUCCUCUACCAUGGUCUAGCCCAGCCAGGUCGACCUCAUCAGCAAUGGUGGUAUACGGGCCUCCAGCCUUAUUACCCUCAUAUAACCCGAGUACUUCAGCAGAACGACUACCAUCUAUAAACUACGUAAUGACCAACAGAGCCAUGCCGUUGCCUAAUAACGAUUCUAUAGAUCAAGUGAAGGAAAUGUUCUAUCAUGGUUGGGACAAUUACAUGAAAUAUGGAUUUCCUGCUGAUGAAUUGAAUCCACUUACGUGUACUGGACGCAGUAGAGAUGAUUCGAAUCCGAAUGCAUUUAACGUCAACGACGUACUAGCAGGAGUCUCAGUGACAUUGAUCGACACUUUGGACACAUUCGUCGUUAUGAACGAUCCAGGAAACUUUACUCGUCUUGUAAACCUCGUAAUAUCUAGGGGUCCCAAACAACUAGACGUUGACUCCCGUGUGCAAGUGUUCGAAACCACAAUUCGUAUCUUGGGAGGUCUGCUCUCUGCUCAUCUCCUCACAACAAACCCAGCUUUUCCCGAUUACCGAAUCGCUGGAUACAAUAACGAAUUGCUGGCGCUAGCUGAAGAGUUGGGAAAGAAAUUGUUGCCAGCUUUUGAUGCUUCGCCAACAGGGAUUCCGUAUGCGCGGGUUAAUUUGAUGUAUGGGGUGCUGCCAUGGGAGGUUAACGAUACUUGCACGGCUGGUGCGGGAACGUUGAUUUUGGAGUUUGGGAUAUUGAGUAGGCUGACUGGGAAUAAAGUGUUUGAGAGGGUGGCGAAAAAGGCGCUAAGAGCUAUAUGGGAGAGGAGGUCAAAGUUGGAUCUUUGGGGAAAUUCGCUUAAUAUUCAAACUGGGAAGUGGAUUCAUGCCAUGAGCGGGAUUGGGGCUGGCAUUGAUUCCUGGUACGAAUACCUCCUCAAAGCCUACAUCUUAUUCGGCGACAUCGAAUACCUAGACAUGUUUGAGACAGCCUACGCAGCAGUCCUAUCUCACAUGCGAGACACGAAUGGAUUUGUGUACAAGAAUGUAAAUAUGGAUAACGGUCAACUGACUACCACAUGGGUUGACUCUCUUGCAGCCUUCUUUCCCGGCUUACAGAUCCUAUACGGAGAUAUAGAAAACGCGAAAAGACUGCACCACCUCUAUUUCUCAUUAUGGCGACGCUUCAAAUCAUUGCCUGAACGAUUCGAUUGGACAGGACGCAGUGCUAUUGUGCCACAUUAUCCGUUACGGCCAGAGCUGAUUGAGUCAACGUAUAUGCUGUAUAGAGCUACGAGAGAUCCGUUUUAUCAACAGGUUGGAGAAGAGAUUGUGGAUGAUUUGAAUUCGCUGAUGAGGGUAGAGUGUGGGUUUGCUUCAUUGUCGGAUGUUGUCAGCAAGACUAGAGCUGAUAGGAUGGAGUCGUUUUUCUUGUCUGAGACUUUAAAGUAUCUGAUGCUGCUAUUUGAUGAUGACAAUGUGCUUAAUCGCAUGGAUUCCAAUUAUGUAUUUUCAACGGAGGGCCAUAUGCUCGUGUUGCCAUAUAUCUAUACCAAUCCAUCAUAUAAUGUAGAUAAUGAUACUCAACCAUACCAACCGCAACAUAUUGAAGGACGGCAACACGAACGAAAGAUGACAUGCCCAACACCAGAACCUGUACCGCCCUUUUCCUUCCAGAAUCAGAGGCUGAAAAGCAAAAGAAUGUAUCCACCGAUACCGAUGGAGAAAACGAAAGCCAUACAUCGGUUUGUGGGAUUGCCAGAGGACAUGGAUCCGAUUGUAGAUGAAGCUAUGUGUAAUACGCAAGUUAUGCUUUCUCAGCAACCUCUAAUGAUUCUGAGUGGACAGACCUUUGAUGUCAGAGUUGAACCACCACCUGGUGUCAGCGUGCCGCCAGCAAAACUUGUUCGGUUCUCAUACGGUUUUGCCACGGCAAGUGUAGCAGGCCUUCAUUUGAAGAUUGAGCUAGACAUUGCGUCUCCAGAUGCAUUCAUAAUAACAUCCGUAACAGAACCAGCAAAACCGCAAACAAGUCAAAUCAUCAAAGCAGGACAAGUGAUUAGAGCUCCCAAAUUCGGCAUGGCGUUUUUACAGCACAAUUAUUCCAGUAUUGUGCAGCAUCCACCUGUUGUAAACAUUUCGUUAUAUCUAGAAGGCAGGCAGUAUUUCGCACUGCUAGCUGCCUUUGGACGUGAUGUAGCGCCAGGUGAAUGGAUGGAUGUUGUUUUACAGCCGUUAUUAGAUGCACAUGGUGUGCUAUGGGAUGGAUGUGCAGAAUACAAGGAUAUGGAUGUCGCAGGUCGAGUUCCACUCGUGCUACGAGGCCAAUGCACAUUUGCAGACAAGGCCACAUUUGCUCAACGUGCAGGUGCAACAGCCCUACUAGUAAUAGCACGAGAUAAUCGCCCGUUCACCAUGUCUGGAAGCAGCAACGCCGAAAUCGACGGGUCUAUAGAUAUACCUGUUGCAAUGCUAGGCAUUCCGUUUCUACGACACGUUUUAUCGCUAGAUAUCGAUUCUGUGGAUGCGAUUAUAUGUGGACCGAGACUUAAUGCUGAUAUAGAGUGUGGAAUCACGAUAGAAGAGGAGGCACAUCUGGGGACGUUGUAUAAGGCUGAUACGAUGAUUCAAUUUUCAAAUCUGCCUGUGAGGAAUAUGGAUGUUGUUUGGGGAUUGUCGGGGCGUGAACGGCGUGUGCUGAAAUCUGGGAGGGUGUUGGCGAAUGGUAUAAAUGGUGUUUUGGAUAAAGGUCAAGGCAUCGGUUGUGCUGGAGGAUCCGUGAAAGAGGGACUUUGUUGCAGAGAUCUUGUUGGAUUGGAAGUUGGGAGAAUGGGACCGUGCAAGACUUCAUAUGUGAGACAUAAUGUUCGGCGAGUUCGAGCACUAGCGCGUAUGGAAGAACGGGGUUUGGGGCCAGUUAGAAGUAUAUCUUGGAUGUCAUGGCUGUUUCCCUAG